ACUUGUGCCACCAUAUUCAUCGUUUUGAAUCUGUAGUUCAACUAACCUGGUAGUUAGACUUAGCUAGUGUUGAACAUUUAUCAGCUAUUUGUGCAUUUAUAAGAUGUCGCCGAGCUGUUAAAGCAGCAGCGCGUGCGGAACAAUGUAGCGGCGGUGAAGUAAUGACAACUCAUCACGACUUUGUUCGUUUACUAUGAGCUCCCUAUCAGCCCAGCCUCCGGCAUCAAGCUCAUCAUGCAGGACUCUACCUGGAGAGGGAAAUCAGGUACAACCAAAAGCCCCUCUCCUGCAGAUUCUGCGUGUUGCUGGAGCCCAGGAAGAAGUCUUCACACUCAAAGAGGUGAUGCACUACUUGGGUCAGUACAUCAUGGGGAAGCAACUGUAUGACAAACAGAGGCAGCACAUUGUCCAUUGCCAGGAUGACCCUUUAGGAGAGCUGCUGGAAGUGGACAGCUUCUCUGUCAAAAACCCAAGCCCGGUGUAUGAAAUGCUCAAGAAAUACUUGGUUGUUCUCGGUUGUGCUGACGCUGCAGAGAAUCUUUCUGUGGGCCGUGAAUGUGUAGAGGGCGGAGUGGAGGAUCGUGGUCAGAUGUGCGGAGGUGUGGUCAAAGCAGGACUUGAGGCUGGCAGUGACGGGCCUCUCCUGCAGACCCCUUCCCAGAGACGACCUCGGGAGCCAGACGAUGACUCCCUUGAAGGCCUCCCACGGUCAGCCUGCAAACGGCCCAAACUGGAUGUUACUCUGGACGACUGGGACCUCUCUGGCCUGCCCUGGUGGUUUCUGGGUAAUCUCCGUAGUAACUACAGCCGUAGGAGCAACGGCUCCACUGAUAUCCACACAAACCAACUGUCUCCUGCACAGGAGGAGGACACGGCCAUUGUAUCUGACACCACAGACGACCUUUGGUUCUUGACCGAGGGUGAGAGUGAACAGGUGAGCGUCGAGAUGAAAGAGGCUGCCCUAGAGGAAGGGAGCGGAGGAGAAGGGGAUUCCCCACCUGAGGAUGAUGAUGGAGGUGGGAAAGAGGAGAAGGCAGACCGAGAGAUGCAGGAGGAGCCAGAUGAAGACUCCCAGUGUCUGAGUGAUGACACGGAUACAGAGAUCUCUACACAGGAUGCAUGGCAGUGCACAGAGUGCAGGAAGUACAAUACACCUCUACAGAGGUACUGUGUUCGCUGCUGGGCUCUGCGUAAGAACUGGUACAAAGAUGUCCCUCGACUCGCCCAUUCUCUUUCUGUUCCCGACAUCCCAGCAUGCAGCUCCCUCAGCACCCAUGAUGAGGAAGAUGACAGCGACACAGGCAUUGAUGUCCCAGACUGCAGCAGGACAGUGUCUGACCCUGUCAUCCUGCCCUCUCACUCCACAGCUGAUCGGCCACUGCCUACUAUGGUUAUGGGGAAAGGCAAGGGGCCUCGGCCCUUGGGCUUCCACAAAGAUGAGCAGCUCUCAGGAGGGGAGAGUCAGGAAAAUCUAGGCAUGGAGGUUGAAGAAGUUAGACCCGAGGCCCUGCUGGAGCCAUGCAAGCUCUGUCGAGUGCGACCACGCAAUGGAAAUAUAAUACACGGGCGUACAGCUCACCUGCUAACUUGCUUCCCCUGUGCAAGGCGGCUACAUAAGUUCCAGGCCCCUUGUCCAGGAUGUGGAAAGAUCAUUCAAAAAGUUAUUAAGAUAUUCAUCCUCUGAGAAUCUCUCUCACUCACUAACACAAACACACACACACACACACACACACACUCACUCUCUCUCUCUCUCUCUCUCUCUCUCUCUCUCUCUCUCUCUCUGUCUCUCACACAUUUUCUCUCUCUCCUACACAUUUUCAGGCAUAUUUCACCAUACAGCUGCAUGCACUCUGGUACACACACACACACACACACACACAGGAAAUGUGCACCUUAGCCCUAAACCUACACAUACAUACACACAAAAGUCGCACUUGGUGAAGCUUGCUCUUGGUUGCAUGGUUUAUUUUGCAUCACACUGCCUCUGAAGUAUUGUUAGAUGAGAAUCUUGGACAUAAGAGUUUGUCAUACCAAAUGUUUUAGUGCCACAUUUAAAUAAGGGACACACAAAGACAGAAUUAUUUAUUUAUUUAUUAGAAGCUAAUAGAAAUGCACAGUUUGUGUGGACUAUUAUUUGAUUUCAUGAAGGCUUGUCUUUUUGGGCUACGUGAAUUUUCUCAUUGGUUUUUGCAUUACAUUUGUUUAAUGGUGCCAUUUUUAAAAACUAGUAUUGCUUGCCCUAGUUUUAUCAGUUUCUUCAUAGAUUCACUUCAGUCAUCAUCUGGACAAAAAUCUGCAGGUAUGUAACUACACGAUUAUUUUUUUUAAAGCUUUCUCUAGGCUAUUUUGUUCUUUUUUUAUUUGACAUUUUUUGUGUCCUCUUAGGUAUUCUGGCUCUGAGAUUUGAGUUAUGAAGACAAGAUUGAAGGAAGAACAGGCGAGCGAGUCUUAAAAACCACGAUUGCGUUUUCAACAACUGCACUCCAUGAAAAUAUCCUCUUAAGCCUUUUUCUUCCUAAAAACAAGUUCUCUUAGCAAAAGUGAAUGUACUGUUAAAUACAGAUGUGGUGGCUUAAGUCCUGUUUCAAUCAACAUAGUAUUUUAAAAUGUAGAUUUGCGUUUAACCUGCUUGAGAAUGAACAGCUGAAGUAUUUACUGUAGUUUUCUCUCGGGGUAAUAAUUUGAUGUUAAUAUGUAUUCAAUAUUUACAAUUGCCAAGCCUCUGAUGACAGUUAUGCCUGCAGUAACUUAUGUCAUAUAAUUGUCAGUUAAUGUUUAAAUGUUAUCAUUCAGAAAGGGUACUUUACCCUCUUUCCUGAACUAAUGGUGAAUGAACAAUAUCUGUAUAUUUUGUAUUUAAGUUAUUUAUGAAUCUGUUUUGUUUAGAUGACCACCUGUAAUGAAGCAGGAAAAGGCUGCACUUGUUACAGUAAAAGCAUUUUCUGAAAGAUAAAAAAGGAAGUCUUUAAGAAAACAUGCUAAGUUACCAAAAUGACUGUGCAGUACUUAGUAGGAGUUAGGGGUUUGAUUUAAGCGUUACACUGCCAAGUAAUGACUUUAACAUUUAAUUUGUAUAUAACAGAUUUUAUUUGAAUGGUUCUGCAUUAUUUGAAGAUUGUAUAUACUAUUUACUUGGAAUGAUUUUCAGCGAGCGAGCUGUCUACAAAUACAGUAUGCUGUCCAGCUUUCACAAGUAAGAUGUCCAGUGACAUUUAACUCUUGAUUGCGUGGUGUAGAGGGAAUACCAUAGUUAUGUUUUCUGCUCUUGACAUGCGCUUAAUCUUUCUGCCAGCAGGUGGGGGGAAGUCUCAAUAUUGUAUCUGGUGCAUACAGAAGCUGUACAGUACCAGUAAUAACAUGUAAUGCAUAGAUAGAGCAUGCCUCCUGUCGUGACUAGCACCAGCACUGAGCUGGUGUGAGAGCUAUAUUAGCUAUAUAAAAGCUAUAAAAGAUUAAUGUAGCCUGCUGUAUUUAUCACCAUCAUUGUGCGCCUGAGAAACAAGCAUCCUCUAUAGACAGACCUCAUAAAAAUGGCUUAGUAUGUAUUACACCAGUGAUACAAAAUAAAACACAAUUGUUGCAAUGAUUGAUAAUAAGAAUAUAAUGUGCUAACAGAUGGUACAGCUAAUAUAGUUGUUGUUUUUCUACUGGUCAUGGAAUAAAAUAAGUUGUUUUGUAAAGCAAUAAAGAGUUGGGAGCUAA